AUGGCUCUCUUACAAUCGGUGUACCACCAGAUAGUGAAGCACCAGCUGAUACGGAGGACCAUCAGGUUCCUCCCGCUGCUGUCCUUAGCGUUGGCAAUUGGUGGUGUUGGCUGGCUCUUUGUAUUGCCAAUGGACGGGCAGUACAGGAACAACUACAUCUCAGAGAACGCUCUGAUGCCGUCGCAGGCGUACUCAUACUUCCGUGAGUCUGAGUGGAACAUCCUGAGAGGCUUCAGGACCCAGAUCAACGGCUUUGACGUGGACGAUGUUGACGGGAACUUGCAGUCGAUGAGACUAUGGCUGGAGGAUAUUGGAUACAAGACUGCCAUCCACGAGUGCGCUGAUGGCAAGAAGAACCUGUAUGCGAUCUUCCACUCGCCCAGGGGCGAUGACACCGAGGCCAUCGUGCUCGGUGCUGCGUAUGAGAGCUCUGACGGAGCGCUGAACGUUGGUGGACUGAGUCUCUCUCUGGCAUUGGCAAGGUACUUCCGCCGCUGGAUUGUUUGGUCGAAGAACAUCAUCAUUGUCAUUCCACAGGACCCUAACGAGUCGCUGAGAGAGUGGGUCAAUGCGUACCACAGCAACCUGGAUCUCACGGGUGGAACGAUAGAGGCUGCGAUUAUGAUGGACUACCCUUCAAACACCGACAAUUUCGAAUACGUCGAGCUGUACUACGAAGGCUUGAACGGUCAAUUGCCAAACUUGGACUUGGUCAACACGGCAGUUUGGGUCACGGAGCACGAAGGUCCACGUGUGAGUAUCCAAGGCACUAAGCAACAGGACCUGUAUACCAACGAUUAUUGGUCACGUCUGCGCAUUCUGACACAUGGGAUCAUCUCGUUGGCCACUGCCGGUGUUAGAAAGGGCCAUGGAAAUGAAGCAUUCAGUGGAUACAGAAUCCAGGCAAUCACAUUGAAGGCGAUAGGCAGAACAGGCCCUUAUGACAUCACAGUCUUUGGCAGAAUCCCUGAAGCAGUCUUCAGAUCCGUUAAUAACCUGCUGGAGAAGUUCCAUCAAUCUUUCUUCUUCUACUUGCUAUUAGCACCAAGACACUUUGUCUCAUUUGGAACCUACUUGCCUUCAUCUGGAGCGUUGGUGAUUUCAUACAUCCUGGCAUCGUUGCACAAAGUAUUCAACAGCCAGUUCGAAGUGUCAUACUUAUUAGGAUUCGCCAUUCAAAGCUCGCUCAUCUUUGCAACUACCGUUGUCAUUGGCUUCUUCAUCUCAUUGUUGGCACCUCUUUUGCCAAUAGUUAUAUCAUAUGGUCUUAUAGCUGUCUUUACACUGGUCUCAUUCACUCCCCUCUUGGUAAGAGUUGAAGGCAAGAAGGAACUCGUUCCACUGCUCAGAUCGACUGCUAUCUUGUUCUUCAGUACCGUGAUGUCUUCCCUCCAAGUCCUCAACUUUUCCCUGACGUUUUCCAUGGGACUCUUCGCCUUACCAUUGACAUUUGUGAACGAUUCCUUCCCUCAAUGGCUCAACUGCCUCUGUCUUCUUGUUUCAAACCCGUUUGUCUUAGCAAUCCCACUGAGCACUGAUUUUGACGGUGGUCUCCAAGAGCUGUUGCAUGGCUUACUCACUGGCUGGAAAGUAUUCAACUCUCAAACAUGGAUAGUGGUCUCCAUUGGAUGGCUUCCAACAUGGCUCACCGUGCUGUACAGCGUACUGCUGAAAGAUUCUUCAAGAUCAACAGAGGAUCCUAAAAAGGCAGAAUGA